AGGAUAGCUGUUCUUGGUAGCCAUUCGGUUCUGGAACAUUUGUUGCGUUUGACACACGAGAAAACUGAAAAUAACUUGCAGAUGUUGCCUUAUAUUCAUAUACGUAUAAUAAUAGAGUGUGUAGGGUUUAUGUAAGUACAUACAUCCGAAGUCCAGUUCUGCGUUAUAUAGCCCCUUACCUAUAUGUGCACUGACAUUUUUUAUGUUUGUGCGUGCUUCUUUUUCUGUUCCUUGUUCCAUGCAGUACAAAUAUUAGGGUCGGAAACUGGAGCCAGUGAGAACGCUUCUUUCCGCUGCAUACAUAUUUUGUUGUACUCCUAAGUUCCUAUAAAUGUUUUAAUUCACUCAUUGGACUGAUAACUUGUCUCGCAUUUUUUGUGACCUAAUACUUGAGCCUAUAACGAAAUGGUUGUCCAAGGUUACGUUCCUCUUCCGGAAGCGUCAAGGGAAGGUUUCGACGCGAAUGAGCCCAUUCUAAACAGUCAAGGAGAAAGCUACCACGAGGAGUGUCUUGUGUGUGCCCAGUGUUUUCGCCCUUUCGUCGAUGGCGUGUAUUACGAGUUUGAAGGAAGGAAAUAUUGCGAACACGAUUUCCAGGUCCUCUAUGCGCCUUGUUGUGCCAAAUGCAAUGAAUUUAUUAUCGGAAGAGUCAUUAAGGCCAUGUAUACGAGCUGGCAUCCGGAGCAUUUUCAGUGUGAAAUUUGCGGAAGAAUUUUGUCGGAUAUUGGUUUCAUGCGAAAUCAGGGACGUGCAUUAUGUCACCCGUGCAACGAUCGAGUGAGAGCUGAGGCGGCCGGAAAAUACAUUUGUUACCGUUGCAGAGCCGUCAUUGAUGAUAAGCCGCUGAAAUAUAAAAACGAGCCGUAUCAUCCUUAUCACUUCAACUGCUCUAAUCCAGAAUGCGGGCGCGAAUUAGAUUCAGACGCUCGGGAAAUCCGUGGUGAACUAUACUGCUUGAGAUGCCAUGACAAGAUGGGUAUUCCCAUUUGCGGAGCGUGCCGACGCCCUGUGGAAGAUCGAGUGGUCACUGCGUUGGGAAAGCAUUGGCAUGUUGAGCAUUUCGUUUGUGCCAAAUGCGAGAAACCGUUUUUGGGUACCAAACAUUUUGAACGGAAAGGUCUUGCAUACUGCGAGUUGCAUUAUCAUCAGCUGUUUGGAAAUAUCGACUUCGUUAGCGGAGAAGUGAUCGAAGACAUUUGUGUAAGUGCUCUUAACAAGACAUGGAAACCGGAAAAUUUUGUGUGCUGGUCUUGCGAAACACCAUUGGAUGACAGGACAAAAUUUUUCGAAUUUGACAUGCUUCCGGUUUGUAAAAAGUGUUAUAACCACUUCCCCGGUGAACUGCGACGGCGAUUGACGAAACACUAUGAAGCGGCCAAACGAAUUCGACCCAUCUUGCCUGCUUCCAGCGCAUCAUCAGUAGAAGAACAGCACAUGGUUCAGGCCGCAUGUUUCCCUCGCAUGUGUCUUCCCUGAAAAGAGAGGAAUCUCUUAUAACUCACGUUCUUCCGUAUUCCCCGCGUUCGUUCGACUUCAGUGUGUGCCCCGCGUGAUCAUGUUUUUGUCUUCAUGUUCCUCCCCGGUCUGUGCUGUGAACAAUCGUUUUGUGUUGUCGUGUGUGUGUGCAGCUCAUCUCUUUUUAGCUUUUAAAACAAUCUCUUGUUUAAUUGAUUUUCAUGCAUUUUUGUCGAUGUAAUUUGCUUAUGAUUAGAAUGACUGCCUAACCGAUUCCCCAGUACAGUAUCUUAUAACUUCUACUGUCAAUCUUUUAUUGGAUCUAAGAAAUUUUGUACACACCCGUAAUAAAACAACAAACCAU